CUGCAGGUCUUCAAGCUACCCUCAGGGGAGUUUGACAAGGUGGCAACCAGGUUCUCUUUGCCUGUUCGAGCGGUUGCUUUCAGCCCGAGUGGCACAAAUAUUGCAGCAGCAGGAGAUGAUGACGGCAUCAAACUUGUGAAUGUUUCCGACAGCAAGGUCUUCCGAACUCUCAAGGCCGGGCCAUACACACGAGCCCUGGCAUAUGAGUGCGACGGCAAGUUCCUGGCAUCUGUUUCUGCACACGGUCAUCUUCAGAUUUGGGACACCACAACAGGAACUGCUUUCAGUCUUCAAAAAGCAGCCCCUAAGGUGGACACUGCAUCACCUGCUCGCUGUGGCCUGGCCUGGCAUCCGGACGGGAGCCUUCUUGCCUUGUCGGACACAAACAAUGGCAUCACUCUCUAUGAGAAGCUGUCUUGGGAUCCCAUCAUGCACCUUGACGGGCACACAGCGCCAGUCAAUUCACUGCAGUUCUCUCCCAACGGCCUCUAUAUUGCAAGUGCCAGCCGCGACAACGAUGUCAUCAUCUGGGAUGUGUCCCAGAAAUCCGUAAUUACAAAAUGCAAGGCUCCCGCUGUCCUUUCUGCUCUGGCCUGGCAUCCUGGCAAGGAGGAGAACAUCCUGGCGGGUAUCAGUGAGGACGGCUGUAUCACCCUUUGGCGUGAUGUGAUCCCAGAGCACCUGCCACGACCAGCAAACAUGGACGACCCCUCCCCUGGGCUAGAGGCUGACAAUCAUGACGAUGGAACAGCCGAUCUUGACGGUGAGGGCCACAGUGAUGGAGACAUGGAAAUGUCCACCAGUCCAGCUGAAAACUCUGAAUGCGCCAAUGAUGCUGGAGUUCUCUCUGGGGACACUGCUGGAUCCAUGGAGGCAGGGCCAAGGGUUAGACCGCAACCCAACAUUUUGAUGAAGAAUCAAAUGCUCUCUGGUGUGUCAGGGGAAGGCAAGCGUCGAUGGCUGGCAUAUAACGUGAGUGGCUGCAUCAGCAGCAGGGAGGAUGAUGGGUUCUGUGUGGUGGAGGUCAGCUUUCAUGACACCUCGCGCCAUCGGAAGCGUGUCCCUCUGCUGAAUGACUUUUAUCAUUUCUCCAUGGCCAGCCUCGGUGCAACGGGCGCUCUCUUUGCCAGCACCUCCAAUGCGGAUGCUCCUUCCAUGGUGAUGUACCGACCCUUUGAGAGCUGGGCGCCCAACAGCGACUGGACAGUCGGUCUUCCAGCCGGGGAGGAGGCCUGCGCUGUGGCAGCAGGAGAGUCGUUCUGCGCUGUGGCCACAUCCCGGCAGCUGCUCCGUGUGUUCUCUGCAGCAGGCAAGCGGACGCGCCAUCUCAGCGUCACUAGCAUUCCCGGGCGGGUUGUUGCUAUGGCCGCGCAUGGGAACCUGGUGGCUGUCGUGUGGCAUGCUGGCAUGCCUGCCCAAGAUGGCCACCAGGCUCUGGCAUACAGCCUGUAUCGGGUUGAUGGGCAGGAGCUGGUGCAUAGUGGCAUGCUCUGCCUCAGCCCACAGUCCAGUCUCAGCUGGAUGGGCUUCAGCGAGGAGGGCAUGCUUGCCACUCACGACUCCCUGGGCGUGAUGCGUCUGCGGUCCUCAGUAUAUGGAGGCUGCUGGGUCCCUGUAUUCGAGGUGUCGAAGGGGUGCUCAGAAAACCAGACAUGCUGGCCCAUUGGCAUCAGCUCAUCAGAGAUCUACUGCAUCAUCAGCGCUGCCAGCGCGUCUGGACCCCAGGUUGUACCACGUCCUGUGCUGAGUGUGCUGCCCCUGCAUAUCCCAGUUGUGGCCGUGGAUGCUGUCUCCGCACAGCUUGAAGCUGAUGCAUUGCGGCUGCACGUUUGCGUCACACACAUGCAAGACCUCGAGAAUGAGAUAGAGGCAGCCCAGAGGGAUGCAGACAAAGCGCUGCUGAGGGUUUUCCAUGCAGCAAUAAAGGCUGAGAAGAUUGCCCGUGCCCUGGAAGUGGCUGCACAGCUUGUUCUACCUGCCUCUCUCCAGGGCGCGCUCAAACUGGCCACCCAUCACAGGUGUGACGCCUCUGUUGUUGCUUUCAAUUUUUUGGUUAAGCAGGCACAUUCUCAUGUCGUCUCAAAACCCGGGCACGGCUUGCAGGGUGACUGCGCUUGCUGA